GGUGAUGAAGGAGUUCCGCAGAAAUCGCUGUCAUCAGCACAACUUCAUGCUUGUCAGGUUGAUAAUGUGGACGAUGAACAUAAUCGUAAAUGUGCUGCGAUGGAUGUUCCAACAGAAAAUCUGGAAAAUUUUCCACAGUUUUUACCGUCUAAAACGCCACAAAAGGGGACAAAUUCCCAGAAAGAUGGUCAGUUGUUGUCCGGUGUGGCAAAACUCAUUCCUUUGUCGCCGGUACAAUCGCUGGUCACUGAGUCGUCAUAUAUCCUAAAAAAUGCUACAGCUACAUAUGUUCAGCAAGCGGUAGCAGCAGCAGCAGCAGCUGGAGUAACACCACUGCAUCAUCCACUAGCAGAAUCUGCUUCGCUGCAACCACUACCUGCACUUUCUCGGUCAUCACCUCUGAUCAGCAGUGGUACCACUGCAGCAGCCGCAGCAGCUGCUGCUGCAGCAGUAGCACUGGUAACUGCAAUUCCUCCUUCG